AUGCCUGCCACACAACCGGAACCGAACACCGAACACUCCUGGUCAAUCGCGAUGGGCGACGACCGGUUGUGGCGGCGUGCGUAUAUCACACCGCAGCCUUGUGACUACCCCUGGCUGGCAUCUCGCUGCCUGAUCACAGGCAUUGCCAUGACGAGCAUGCUGAUCCCUCUCGGUCGAGACCUCGUACUCGUGCGACACAAGACUGUAAUAAUGCUCGAGUCGCUCUUGCUUGCGCCUGAUCCUCAAAUUAUACCAGCUAGCUCGUACGAGGAAAUGACGCCUUCCUUGCAAAGCAUCCAAGGCCGGACAAUCACAAUCACUUACAGCAGAAGCAUCGGGCAUAGAGACCAGGAAUUUCUCAGACGAUGCUCACUACGAUCCGGAUAUGCAUACUUAUUAGGUGCAUCAAAGCCCAUGCGAAAACCCGCAGUGGACAGAUUCAUGACUAUUACCACACCACUUCCAUUUCCAAAUCAAAUAUCGUCAACCACCAACGCCUUGCUAAAAUGGCGCUGAAUAGGUAGACGUGUAACAAGUAUGUGCCUCAUUCACCCAAGUAUACAGGCACGCCAUACACGACAGGCGCAGCCCCGUUCAGGUAUCUCAGAUAGCAUGCGUCUCUGCUUCUCGCUACCGCCUGCACCAAGCUCUGCUUCUUCGCUGGUCCAUCUGCUCUCGCACGACUCCGACUCCUAGCUGGAGUUCGCGCCGGAGCAGGCGUCUUCUUUGCCUUGGGCGUUUUCGGCACUAUGCUUGACUUUUCCGGUGUCGAUGGUGCCGCAACAGCACCUCUCUGCUUCCUUGGUGUCUUUGCAGGAAGCGCAGUCGCUGCCGCCGGCGGUGACCAUAAUCCCCAUUCUUCGCCCACAGCCAGUGAGAAGCGAUCGAUGUCUUUGUCUGUUACAUCCCACAGCGUGGCAACCACAGCCAUACAUUUGGAGCGGCCCAAUUCUUCGUCAACU